UCGAUUUGAAGGGUAUCGUCGAACGUCACCAAAUGGAGGUCGAGGCGCUGCAAAAAGCCUGCAAACUCUGCCCAUCAAUGAGAUGAAUGCGCGCAAGGAAUCGGAACUCGAGGUGGAGAGAUUAAAAGAAUCAUUGGCGCGAUUGGAAAUGGAAAGAAGAACUACGUCACGUGGAACCAAUCUUAAGACACGUCUGGAUGAUGCGGCAACUAAUAAGGAUAAGGAGAAUGGAGUUGUCAAUAACGAUGUGGGAACGUCUCUGCGCAAGAAUAAGGACAAGGAACCGAAUGUGGUAUCCAAUUUGGUUGAUCGUCAUGCUUUUGUUCGUGCUAAUCGGAAGGAUCUGCGGGCCAGGAAUAAGGAGUUUGUGAUGAAGGUUUGUGAGCAAGAAGGAGUUGAGUACACUACACUGGAUCUGACGAAAGAAGCGAUCGUGCAAGCAAGAGCGGCUAAGGUAUUUGACGACGACGGUGGAAGAGGUAAGAAAGGGAAGGAGGCUGUCACUAUGUCGAUUUCGAACGAUGUUGCGGGUUGUGCUACAACCGGGGAUCGGGAUGACUCGGCCGCUUCUUAGUAUCCUUCCCGAGCACGGCUUUGUCGUGGGAUUUAGUUCGCUUCUAUUGUAAGGCACGGACUUUCUUUAUUGAUCUAUUGAGGAAUAGUGCAGUAUGCUCGAUUUUUAGUCUUGCUAUUUGCGGGUUAAUUAUUGGAGAUUGGAUUUCGUGGGGUUCUAAGCUACGUACUUUCAUUCUCGAUACGUUUCUGAACUUGACCGAUGGGUAUGAGUGGUGGAAUGGACCAGUUGUUUAUGCUUUGGUAUCACCAUGAAGUAGGCAUAUAUACGUGGGUAGUACGAGCCGAGAUUUGUAUGUCCGAUGGAAAGAGCAUGUAUAUAGGGCAUGUCAGACAGUCGGAAAUGAUAAGAGAGGGAGAAAUGAGAAGCUGUAUUAAUAGCUACAACGCUGCGGGGUGGGCACUUACGCUAUUGUGCCAUUAUGUAGGUGUCAUCCGGAUGAUUUGCUCGAUACGGAGAAGUUUUUUAUUCGCUUGUUGUCACCUGUGCUGAAUACAAGGGAUAAACCGAGGCGCACGAGGAGGAAGCGACUUGGAUUGCGUGAGAGACUGAGGAGCAAACAAUCGAGUACCAAGGAAUCAAGGAUUGUGUUGAUAGUGUUGGUGUAAGACGGGCGGGUGCGCUGGUUGAGUUUCACUCCAAUGUUGGUAUUGUAACUAAUAGCAUUCUCAAGAUUCUUGAUUAUUGUCGUGUGCAUUGCAUACAUUGUGUAGUGGUGGUUUGUGUGGGAGGGGUGAGGACUGUGGACCGAUGGAAGGUUUUGAAACGGCUAUAUGGGGGAAGCCUGGUUUUCUGUUCGCUGGGUCGUAUGAAACUUCGUCACGCUAGAAGUUGGUUGCAAGGUAAUUUACUAAUUUUACUCUCACAUUUGAUGUUGUUGUGCCGUUUUUGAGUAGAUCUCUAGCUCUGAAGCCCCCGCUUGUGGAACUUCUAAGUUAUCCUCGUAGUCGGAUACAGUUGAGGAUUUGGGGUUUGGAUGAGCUGCUUGCUGCAUACACGGUUGUGAGGACGUUUAGUGAGAAACGCUCGCGAUUCCUACUUCGGUGUUUGCUGUCCAGUACAAUCUUCUCAAGAUUUGGUUUGCACGUAAGAAGGAGGUUGAUAUGCAAGGUGGUGUACGACGAUUCGAUUUCAAAAGCAAGGGUUCGGCAAGCUUGUGCGAUUAUUAUUGCUUCAUUGGAUGUGUCUGAUGGGUGGAAGGUGAUGCUCACUAGGCGAUUAAGAGUAGUAUGGUGUCGUAACAAAAACAUUGGGGAUUACAUUCAUAACUAUCGGAUAUCUGCUAAGGAGGCGACUGUGGUAUGCACGUGUUGUGACUGUGAUCUCUCCCUCCCUAGGCAUGACAGACACGUGGCAUUUCAUAUCAAUGAUGUGGAUCUGUUUCCUUCUUGGAUGCAUAAUUCUAAAAAUAUUAUUCGCCCUAGUAGAAGGUAUGCCUUUUCUGCUAUGCGAUCCCAAAAUUUUGAAGCCUUUGCGUCGCAUCGAUCUAUUCCUGCGUUAGACCCUGAUCUGCUGUCCAAUAAGAUAGUCUCAAAAUGUUUUUUGCGAAGUGGUGAUGAGGUGGUUGGUAAUGGGUGUGCGAUCUGCGUCGACGAUUUGACUAUGUGGUUACCUUAUCUGAAGGGCCUUGUAUGUGCGCCAAUUGAUCAUAACCAAGGUGAUACGUAUGUUUUUUGUCCAGUAAUUUAUGAGGAAGGCAUGCAGAAGUUAUUUCUUGCGAAUCCGGCUUUCCAGUUGAUAACAGAUGGGAAGAAGGAGACAUUGGAGAGGAGUUUCGAGGAAUAUCGGAGUAAGGGACUGCAGAAGGUCAGUAGGUGGAAGACGAACAGUGAUAUCGAUUGCUCUUAUUGUAUACCCAAGC